GGGAGGUGAGGGGAGGCAGAGCCUGAAUGAUCUCAUCCCUCCAGCAGCUGCAUACCGCAGCGAGGCAAAGCCGUAACUUUCUAUCAAACUUCCAAGUUGCCUUUCGGAAGAAGACGGAGGGACAUUUUAUUUGGGACUGAACUCGGAGCCAACGCGUUCCUUGUGAAGAGGAAGCCGCCGCGUAGUGUUUUGUGUGGGACUAAAACAGCAGUUGAGACAAAAGGUGGAAAACCGUGUGGUGUGACAUCCAAAAAGGAGAAAAGGGUUCUGUGAUUGGAGUAGGGAACAUGCCAAGCGCCAGAAUUGGUGCAGCUAAGGAGGCAUUAUGCAAGCUUGUGUGCUGAGGAGCUCUCAUGCCUCAUCACUUGUUGAUCCCAACAAUCAAAUUUGCUCAUGAGGUCAGCGAGUAGCAACCAGUCCCAGAAGCAACCAUGCCCGUCUACUAAGUGCCUUUAGCCUUUGGCACUGGUGUCAUGACCAGCCUGAAGCACCCACCAAUGGAGUGCACGGUUGGGGGCUCCAUCCCUGCCACUAAUGAGUUUUACACUGGGCAUCUUCGACCAGUUAUUGGAGGGGCUUUGGCGGCCCGCACAGACAACUUCCAUGCCACUGUGAGCACAGGAAUGCCUAAAAUGGGUGUUCGGGCUCGGGUGGCGGACUGGCCCCCAAGAAAAGAUAUUCCAGGGCCUCAGUGGCACUCAUCUGCUGAUGCUGGGGUGGGCAUGCCCUCUGUUAUUAAAGGUCACAUUAAGUUAGGUUCUGCUUUGAGCCCUCAGGACUCCUCUAUGCUCCGUAACAUUCAUAACUCCCUGAAGAGUCGAACCCAUGCUCUGCCUCACAGCUACAGCCCUGACAGCCGUUACCUGGCUCCAGGAGACUACAGAGGUCCUGCACACAAAAACUCACGACAGAGACGGGUUCGUCAACGCAGCAACAGUGACAUGACUAUUAGCGAGAUGGAAGGUAGUGGAGACAGUGGAGAAGACUGGGCUCCGUCAGUAGCAGCCAAAUGGUCCCCUCUUCACCGGGAAUAUGGCAGCACCUCGUCAAUAGAUCAACACGGAAUAGCUAAAGAUAGCUUCUUUGAAAUGCUGAAGGGUUAUCAAGAGGACAAAGUUGACCAGCGUAGUCCUGCUCCGGAGAACCUAGAGGACAUUCUAAAUGUUGGGAUAAAGCUUCAGGAGCUUCAGGAAGAUGUCACAGAUGGACAUCUGCUAAAACCCAGAGACAGGGACAAGCCUCCGAAAAGACGCACCAAAUCCGAAACAGGAGGAGAGUCUAUAUUCCGGAAACUUAAGAAUGCACGAGGUGAGUUGGACUCCUCAAGAGCUGGUUCUGACGUGGAGGACAGUCGGAUGGAGGACGCAGCCCCUCUUCUAAAACCCUGGGUCUGUGAGAAAGGCUUUGCCCACUACGAUGUUCAGAGCAUCCUUUUUGACUUCAACGAAAUUACUCAGCUUCGACAGACUGCAGGAAAGAGGAAAAACACCACCACUGGGGCAUCCGCUGCUGCCGUAGCCUCUGCUACCUCCACUCUCUCAUCUACCCACAGCCUGCCUUACAGCUCCCCCAGUGGAAGCCAAGAAGAGCUCAGCUCCAGAGACAGCCCGAGCUUGGAUGCAGGAGAUGAACAGAGCAAUGAAAUGCUGCUGAGCUGCCCCUGCUUCCGCAAUGAAAUCGGCGCUGAUGGGAACCGGAGGCGCAGACUGGGAGCAGUUGAGCUUGGCACAAUAGGAUAUCCUGGACUUGUUGGUGGUGGAGCAGGUAGCAGUGGCUCAGGGACCAUGACUGGAGAAGGUCAUGUAUAUGAAACAUCUUUGAGCACACACUGCACUAAUGCUGGUGUAGCUGUUCUCGAGGGACCGAAGGAGGGACCAAGCACAGUCAGCGAAAAGGGGAAGCAGUACAUUGUGGAACACGUGGACCUAGGAGCUUACUAUUAUAGAAAGUUUUUCUACCUUAGAGAGCACUGGAACUACUUCGGUAUAGAUGAGGCUCUGGGUCCAGUUGCUGUGAGCCUGCGCAGAGAGAAGCUGGAGGAGGAAAAAGAGCGAGGGCAGCAGUAUAACUACCGCAUCAUCUUCAGAACAAGCGAGCUGACAACUCUUAGAGGUUCAAUACUGGAGGAUGCAGUGCCUUCUACGUCCAAACAUGGGACCACCCGAGGUCUGCCUAUCAAAGACGUACUGGAGUACCUUCUCCCAGAACUGGAUCUGCUCUGCCUUAGACUGGCUCUCAACACUCCCAAAGUCACAGAGCAGCUGAUGAAGCUCGAUGAACAAGGGCUAAGUUUUCAGGUGAAGGUGGGUGUGAUGUACUGCCGAGCGGGCCAAAGCACAGAGGAGGAAAUGUACAACAACGAGACCGCCGGUCCCGCCCUGGAGGAGUUCCUCCAGCUGCUGGGGGAGAAGGUCCGCCUCAAGGGUUUCACCAAGUACAGGGCCCAGUUGGACACCAAAACGGAUUCAACUGGCACUCACUCGCUCUACACUUCCUACAAGGACUACGAGAUUAUGUUUCAUGUGUCCACAAUGCUGCCUUACACGCCCAACAACAAACAGCAGCUGCUAAGGAAGCGCCACAUUGGGAACGACAUUGUGACCAUUGUGUUCCAGGAACCGGGAGCUCACCCUUUCACGCCCAGAGCCAUUCGCUCUCACUUUCAGCAUGUCUUUAUCAUUGUUCGAGUGCACAACCCCUGCUCUGACAGCACAUGCUACAGCGUGGCCGUCACCCGUUCCCAGGACGUUCCCUCCUUUGGUCCUCCGAUCCCAAAGGGAGUUACCUUCCCUAAGUCCACUGUCUUCCGGGAUUUCCUGCUUGCCAAGGUCAUCAACGCUGAGAACGCCGCCCACAAGUCAGAAAAGUUUGGUGCCAUGGCGACGCGCACACGGCAGGAGUACCUGCGGGAUUUGGCAGAGCGUCACGUGACCAGCACGCCUGUGGAGCCCGCUGGAAAAUUCCCCUUCAUCUCUCUGGCACCCAAGCGUCGGGAGAAGGUGCGUCCGUACAGCGGGGCGGAGCUGCGCAGCCUCGGGGCCAUAACCUGGCAGGUUCACGCAGAAGAUCAGGUAGCGGGCGCUGAACGGGAAUGCCUACUGGCCAUUUCAAAUGACUUCAUCAUCCUGCUGGACCAAGAGGCCAAAGCAGUGGUGUUCAACUGCGCCACACGUGACAUCAUUGGUUGGUCGACUGGGAGCCCCGCCUCUCUGAAGAUCUACUACGAGCGUGGAGAGAGCGUAUCCCUUCGAUCCAUCAACAACAACACAGAGGACUUCGGAGAGGUUGUGAAAAGACUGGAGCUGUUGACCAAAGGCAGCCAGACCACGGAGAUGACGCUGCGUCGGAACGCCUUGGGCCAGCUGGGCUUUCAUGUCAACUUCGAGGGCAUCGUAGCGGAAGUGGAGCCCUACGGGUACGCCUGGCAGGCCGGGCUGAGGCAGGGCAGCCGGCUGGUGGAGAUCUGCAAGGUGUCGGUGGCCUCGUUGUCCCACGAGCAGAUGAUCGACCUGCUCAGAACCUCUGUCACCGUCAAGGUGGUCAUCAUUCCACCGCACGAGGACUCCACCCCACGCAGAGGCUGCUCUGAAAUCUACCACAUGCCACUUGUGGACUACAAGAACCACAAAGAGGGCAUGCCCUACGAGUUAAAGUUCCCCUUCCGGCAAACAAACAACAACACCAAGUGGCCGCGUAGCUCAUCCAGCCCUCGCUCUGCUGCCUUAGGGGGAACCUUGAUCAAGGCACCACCCUCAGAUUUUAGUGACCGUAACAGUGCCGCUAUUCCUCGUAGCGUGUCCAGCGACGGUCGGCCUCUCAACCCGAAAAGAUAUUCCCCAGGGAAUGACAACUACGCUCUAGCCUGCUCCAUUGUGAUGGGUCGCACGUUGCACAGCACAAACUCGCCCUCUAACCUGUCCUAUACAGAGACGAUGAGUUCAAACCACUGGAGGCAGAAGUCUGUGCCUGAAGGGUUUAAUAACAACUGCCAGCCGCAGGUCACGUCUGUGCGGCAGGUGGCCGGUGAUGGUGUCAGUGGAGUCAAAGUAUGUUCUGCAGUUGGAUGGUCCCGACCUGGGGAGAGCGAUGUCGCAAACAGACUGGGAGACAAAACCAACUUAGAUACCGUGGUUUCUAAGGUAGUGAUUCCUCGGCUCCUGCCAUCAGAUCAGAGCAGCCACCUGUCACCGAACAAGAACCCCAAGGCCGACGCUCCGUAUUCAUCGAGCCAGUCGAGCAGCAACACGCUGUCCAGCAACGCCUCCAGCUCCGCCCACAGCGAUGACAAGUGGUACGACGUCGGCUCCCGAUCCGGAGCAAGAAGUGAACUGGAGUUCAACGGCUAUCUUCAGGGCACAUCCACUGACAGUGGCAUCGACGCCACCUCUUUUACCGCCACCCAGAGCAGCACAGCCUCCUCCACUGGUGCCUCCAGAUCCAAGGAAAAAAUCCCAUGGCAGGAUGAGGCGGGAAACUGUGAGAGAGCCUCCAGCACAUCGCCCCCAGCACCAGACUCUCUUGUUCCUGUUGAAGGCAGUGAGAUAUCAGUGAAGAGCCCAACUGGCUUUACAGUGGUUUCUGAUAGCGCCUCCUACAGUCUGAGUGAUGCAGCGUCCCACUCCAGCACAAUCAGCUCUGGUCACUCAGGGAGUCCGAUGGGACAGGGCUGCAGUGCCUCGUCUCCGCAGAACGAAGCAGCCGCAGCGGACCUCUCACCCACAUCCCAGGACCCCCUGUCCCCAGGAACCAAGAGCUUCUAUCCUCGUCAAGGAGCGACCUCAAAGUACCUGAUUGGCUGGAAGAAGCCUGGAGGAACUAUGAACUCUGUGGAUUUCAGCAGCGCUCGCAAGCGGCACCAGAGUGAUGGUCUGCUCUGUGGUCAGCCCCAGCUUAGGGCCAAUCUCCGCGGCUCCCAGUCACCCCAGCGCCAGACUGCCAAAUCCAGCCUGGAAGAAGACCUAAAGAAGCUGAUCACACUUGACAGCCCACCACCUAAAACAAAUGAAGAGAAGCCGUUGUUCCCUGGCCCUCCUCCUAGCCGUCGCUCCCUUCAGAGGACGCUGUCAGAUGAGAGUAUUUACAGCGGACAAAGGGAGUCUACCUCCAGUGGACAGUGUGACACAUCCGCUGACCUUCUCUUCACCUGCUCCACCAUCCCACGCUCACCUACCGUCCGACAUGGUCCAAAUCGACGGGCAUCACACAAAUCUCUUGGAGACCUGACAGCCCCAGAGAGCUCAGAGCUGGAGCAGGAGAGGAAGAGGAAGCAGCAGCUGCAAGAUUCUGUUCUCAUGCCCCUACCUGACACCGGAGCUGAUGGGCCACUGGACUGGGCAGACCUAGUGGUUGCUGCCAAGGCAUUUGAGGAGCAGAGGCUGGUUUUUCUAGCAGCCCAGGAGGAGAGCUCCACAGCUGAGAGCACAUCAACUGCCAGCCCCCAGCAGGCUGAGCCUCAGGCAGCUCCACAGAGACAGCCCCUGCCAGUAGAGAUUCCUGCAUGCUUGAUGGGGAAAUUGAGCCAGUUAGAGUCCAUGGUGAAAGCACUACAAGAGGACCUGAAGAAGGAGAAGGAUGCCAAGGCUUCAUUACAAGUCCAGAUCCAAAGCCUGCGAGAGGACAACCAACGUCUCCUGGAGGAGUCGUACAGCGCCUCAGCCAAGCUCAAGAAGUUCACAGAGUGGGUCUUCAACACCAUCGACAUGAACUGAUGCCCACAGAUGUCAGCUGCUCUCCACUGGGAUGUAAACCACUAUUGAAGCAGAUUUUUAAUCUUGGUCUCCUUAUCAAAGCCGCUCUAACAUUGCUUUACAUGUCAUCCUACUUCAGCUUUCUGGAUUUGUGAAAAUAACCAUAAAAAAAGACUAAAAAGGAGGACAGAGAAAAUGAGCAGUUUGCAUUAGAUUUAAUCAGCAUGCACUCCCCUCCCUGGGAGUACAAAAAAUUAUGUAAUGCUUUGGUGGCAUUCUUGCAUGUUAAAGAGGGAAACGCUGAAACGGACCUAAAGGGAUUUAAAGCAUCUGACCCCAUUUACAGUGCCGAUCAGAGGUUUACAUUCCCUCAUAAAGGGAUGGAAGUCUUAAUAUUUAUGGAUUCAAAUGAUGCAUUUGGACUGUUCUUUUUCCAGGAUGGAAUACCUAUACAGAAAACUUCAAUGAAUUUUAAAAGACAAGAAUUAAAUGCACAAGUUUGAUUUAAUGCACAUUUCCUCUAAUCCUCACAAAGUAAAAAUGUAUACACACACAUUCAAAUGUGUACCUUUAUUAAUUAAACACCUCUCGGCAAAUUGCAGAGAAACUACACACUUUUUAUAGCCACCAACAAGCUUCUUUCAUAAUUCUGGCUGGACAUUUCGAGGAUAUUCUUCGCAUUUUCUAUAGAACUGAUGUCAGGGAACUUAAGUCUUCAUCAUGGUCUUUUUUUCAACCAUCUGGCCAAUGGUCUCUUGAUUUGAUGAAUGAAAAAUGGUCAGAAUUGAUCAGGAACCAUCAGACUAAAGCCUCCCAUGAACUGAGAAACUCUGGAACACCAGUGAAGCUAGUUCAACAUCAACAUGGAGCGAGAGGGUGCCGAUCAAGAAAGAAGCACCUGCUCCAAAAUCUACAUUUUCAAGCUUGACUGAAGUUUACAGCUGCUCACAAUGGGGUCAGAUGCCUUCUGGAGAGAGGUUUUAUUGGCUUGAUGAGAUGAAGAUGAGGUAUAUGGCCACAAUGACUAGAAUAAUGUCUAGAAGAGUCAAGUUAAAGCUUUAAAACCUAAGAAUUGUGUGCCAGCUGUAAAGCAUGAUGGUGGCAUCAUGCUAACAGAUUGUUUUGCUGCCAGUCUUACUGGUGUAUAUUGCAAAGUGAAGGAUGACUUAGAACUUAUUUAUCAACUUUAAUUGGCACAACCUACAGUUGGGUGUUUCAUCAGGGCAAUGAUCCAAAACACACAAAAACAGCUUUUGAAAGUGUAAAGCAGGGUGACGUUAAGCUUUUGUAGUUUCCUCAACCUUAUUAAAAAUCUAAGAAAUUUGCUUAAAGCUUAUUCCACUUCAAGAAAUCACUCAAUCCAAUAUAAAUCCACUCUACACAUUCUGAUAAGAAGAGUGGUCAAAUAUCCAGCCAGGAUCAUGCAGGGAGCUUGUUGAUGAUUACAGAGCCAGUAUGUAUAACUUAGACCUUCUACUGAUUAGAGAAAAUUCACAGUAAAUUCAAAUUUGUGCAACCAAAUCUUGCUUCUAAAAUUUGUUGACGUCAUCUGUUGUAUACUCAUUCAAAUCUGGCAAAGAAACUGUUAAAAUACAUAAUAAACAGCCCAAAAUUAACACUAUAUUUAUGCUGAAGAUGCAUGUAUAAACGUCUGACCGCCACUGGAGCUCUGAAGCUAGGUAAAAUCAACAGAUUGAUAGCAAUAAAGUUGCUCGGGUUCAGAUGGACACUUUUCUAAAAUUAAAUGUACAUUUGUUGCUGUUUCCCCAACACCCUUUAUUUUUAUAUCACUAACCAAAAUAGAAAUCCAAUUGUUAUUUUUGAUGGUAGCAUAGAUAGGUAGACACAGACAGAUAGAGCCUUUACAUUAGCACACACCGUAAGCACUGUAAGGUGAAGGGCCUGUCUGUGUGUAAACAACUGUGCAGGUAAGUUAAUGGAUGUUCAAAGUGAAAAUAGUCACAAAAAGAAAGAAAUUCAUAUUGUACAAACACUCGAAUUGGUGCCAUAAAGAAGCAGAUAUACAAUCCAUAUGACUGUAAAUAUGUGAAGUCGGAGUUUAUUUUUCUCAUGCCCUUAUAUGAUAUAAUAGUAUAAGCUGUAUUUAUGACAAAGAUGAUGGCCAAGAAGAAUGAGCUAUGAUCUGUUAGACAUUUGGUAAUUUCCUAUGAGAAAAUGUGCAUCCUUUAACUGAAAAGUUAUCUAAUCCAAAAUUAUUUUUAUGCUUUCUGACAUUUAACAUUUUGUUGCCUUGCCUGCUGCAGUGGAAACUACAUCAAAAUGACCCUUUGUCCUUUCAUAGCAUGUGAAAUGGCCUCAAUCUGACUCUCGGAGUAGAUUAAAUCGGUACUUGUUUGUGUAUAAUUACAUAGUAAGAUGUUGUGUAGAUUCUGAAAAUUCCCGGUGCAGGUUUGUGUAUCAACCUGCUUGAAAUCCUAAGCGGGGUCCAUUGAUGACCAAAGCCCUUAUUUAAACCUCAUGCUGUAACUGCUUCCUUUUGUACUCAGACACUGUGCAACUGUAUAUAAGCAGAGUUUAUUAUUCAUCAAAAAUUUGCACCUUUAGUUUUAUUUUAUACAUUUAGGUUUCAUGUAAUUCUGCUUAAACGAGUAGCAGAGAAAGACAGGAUUGUUAUGCAAGGGGAAAUAAGGGUUAAAAAGACUGAACAAUGCCCACGAGCUGGACUCAGAAGAGUCUGAGGUCCCUGACAGAGCAGAUCACCCCUUUGCCUUCAUUCUUAACAUGUAUGACAGCAUGUGAUUCUGUUUCCAUUGAGCUGUGAUGUGUAAAAAAAAAAAAAAGAAAUUUAUAUCUAUUAAAGAUAUUUUGUUGAAUUACA